CGCAUGCGCAGUGCGUCUCCUAUUUCAGCGCACAGUCAGGAGUUGUAAAUGGAGUCAAGCGGUCAUAUUGACGCGAUAACGCCAAGAUCAUAUAAAGUAUUAGUUGUGUGGUGCGAGAACGUUAUCCGUGAGCUUUGGAGUAGUGAUAGUGUGAGUUAUUAGGUUAUGUAAGAGUUUAGCAUAGCGUUGUGCGUCCUAACGCAGCUAGUUAGCUAGCAUAACUGCUACAGCGUAGCGAGGUGUUAGCUUAGCUUAGCCUAGCCUAGCUUAGCUUAGCUUAGCUUCCGCUAUAACGCUUAACAGUUUGUAAGAAAGAAAAAAAAAACACGAAUCCUGUGUGAUAUUAAAGGCUACAGCUAUGGCAGAGGAGAACUCCGUUGCUAUGCAACAAAUGUUGGACAGGAGUUGCUGGGUGUGUUUUGCCACAGAUGAGGAUGACCGCACUGCUGAGUGGGUGCGGCCGUGCCGAUGCCGCGGCUCCACCAAGUGGGUGCAUCAAACCUGCUUGCAGCGCUGGGUAGACGAGAAGCAGCGGGGCAACAGUACAGCACGUGUGGCCUGUCCUCAGUGCAAUGCCGAGUACCUCAUUGUCUUCCCCACGCUAGGACCCAUUGUGUAUGUGCUGGAUUUGGCAGACAGGCUUAUUUCCAAAGCAUGCCCAUUCGCUGCAGCUGGCAUCAUGGUGGGCUCCAUCUAUUGGACUGCGGUCACAUAUGGAGCAGUCACAGUAAUGCAGGUGGUUGGCCAUAAGGAAGGGCUGGACGUGAUGGAGAGGGCUGAUCCGCUGUUCCUCCUUAUCGGACUGCCCACCAUCCCAGUCAUGCUCAUUCUGGGAAAGAUGAUACGCUGGGAGGACUAUGUGCUGCGUCUGUGGAGGAAGUAUUCUAACAAGCUGCAGAUCCUCAACAGCAUCUUCCCUGACCACCCAUGUUUUGUAGGGAUUGGAUGUCCAGUUCCCAGAAUCCCUGCCGAGGCAAGUCCGUUAGCCGAUCACGUAUCAGCCACUCGGAUCCUGUGUGGAGCGCUGGUGUUCCCCACCAUCGCCACCAUCGUAGGCAAGCUCAUGUUUAGCCGUGUCAACUCCAACCUGCAGAGGACCAUCCUGGGUGGCAUUGCAUUUGUGGCCAUUAAAGGUGCGUUUAAGGUGUACUUUAAACAGCAGCAGUACCUUCGCCAGGCCCAUCGCAAGAUCCUCAACUUUCCAGAGCAGGAAGAAGCCUGAGGGACAAAGAGCGAAUGUCCGCAGCCCUUUAAGACACAGAUCUCCAUGCCAUCUGCACCAUGUUGUGUGUGUGUAUGUGUGUGUCGGUGUGCGUGCAUGCUGUGGAGCGAAUACAGACGUCUGCUGCUGGAACAAGCUUAAACCUGGUUGCUACAACUUAAGAAAUGUGUAUUUGAGAGUAGGGGAGUGGACAUAGGGACGAACGUUGCAGCACCCCAAAGCAUUUCUGAUUCACGCAAGCUGUUCGGUUUUGUCUCUCCCUGAGAAUGUGAUUAUUUUUACUCUCUUCCAUCUGUAUGUACAAGUAAAGAUUCAGAUUCUUCUCAUGUUAUAAUCAGAGCUGGCAGAGGUUCCUUCUUUUCUGUAUUUUAUAGGUUGUAGUAUUUUUAAGUUAAGAACAUGUUGAAUUCUAAGAGUUUUAUGUGAAUAAAUGACUGAUUUUUUUUUUAUAAAUACUAUGAUUUUGAGAUGGAUUAGAAAUAUUGCCUUUUGGUGACUACUCUUUCAGAGCUGACAUUACAUGCUGCUACAAAUAUAAAUGUAUACAAUCAGAGACACUGAUUUACUCACCCUACUUUAUAUUUUAAUGGAGAUCAUUUGGGUUUCUGGAUCUACAUUUAUUCUAGUCUGAGACAAGAAUUUUAACCUACUAUGUAUUUGCAGUUCAGACUAGUAUUAACACGCAUCCAGAUCCCUGUCUCGGUUGUAAAACGAUGAGGUGCUACGGGAGUAUCAUCUACACCAUGACUAAUGCAAAAUCUUUCUAUAAGCUUGAAAAGCCUCUAUCAGUUUGGUACAAUAAUGAAGUUAAGAAGAAUUGAUUUGAAAAUGAAUUUUCUUGACCAUCCCGAGAACGUGCUCACCACAAAAAGGUCAAAAAUUUCUUUAAAAAAAAAAAAAGUCUCCAAACUGACUAAUUUCUUGCUCUGUUUAACGGUCUAAAAGAAAAUGACCCACUGAAUAAGAUUACUCGGUGAUCAUCAACAAGUGGUUUUCAAAAUCUAACUUCCGGAAAAGCCAUUAUCUCUGAUCACUGUCUCAUCCUUCACUCAUUCUUAAUGAGCCCCACUACAUUUAAUCCAUUUCAUCCACAGUAAGCCUGAGACUUUCCCUCUGAUGUGGUGACCAGGUCACUUUCUCCUGAAAUGUCUCCAAACGAAUAGAGAAUAAAUAAGAUGAGCGUCUAUGGUUAACUACAGGGAACAUUGCCUGAGUGCUUUAUAAUAAUGGAAGGUGUGUGAUGGUUAUCAUGACUAACAGAUGGAUCGAUUUAAGUGACUUUCUGUCCAUGUGAUCACUCCUAAGUAACUGCAUUUAUGAUCGCCCUUUGUAUAAGAAACUUGGUCAGAACUAAGAGAUGUAAGUGUAUUACAUUUAAAAAAAAAGUGAGGGAUUUUAUUUCCUUGGGAAAAUCGCAUGUAAAUAACAACUGACUGCAGUGUGAAGGACGACAGCGUUGUGCUCAGCUUUUUCAAUGCAGUAAACUUCAGCCUUUAAUGCGGAGUAGCUACCGUGGCAGGUUUUAAUAUAGUGCCAGACACAGCUUUUGUUAUACACUCAAUACAACCAAUGUAAUUCAGAAAACAUGUCAAAAUUGUUCAUGCACAUGAAAGGAAAAAAGCUUGAUGAAAGCCCCAGGCUUAUCUUUACCCAAAUGGUUACUGCCAUUUUCAGCCAAUAAUCAAUUAAUCACUGUGUCUAACCAGUGCUUUGAAUAUAUUAGAAAACUCACUAUAAACACAUGACUUGUAUAUACAGAUAUUGCUUCUGGUCGAUUUGUCAAUAAAUGUAUUUUUCCACUGCU